AAAAAUUGUCCAUGAUGAGCCUUCCUUGUGGUGGCGGAAGACAAAAUGAAUUGCAACCACUAGUGGAAGGGCAGGAUGAGAUGGCUGAUUGAUCUGAUUAGAUUCCUAUCCAUUUCCUCCUCCUCCGCCGACGACGAGUACGACGACUGAGGAGGUACUAGUGCUACUACUAACUACUACAUGUACCUGACUGCUGUUCGUGUGGUCCAUCGCCCUUUCGUACUAUUUCACUAUUCGUGAUUACGCCACCGACUUCCAGUCCCACUGUUACCAGACCUCCCACUUCACCUCCAGUCAUCUCCCCUCUCCAUCUGCCUCCCCGUGGGCACACUCGACUACCUACUCUGCACCACCCCCUUGGCCCUGAAUUCGCCUCCCUGGCAAACGACCUGGGCAUCCGAUUUGUUUGUCCACGUCCAUCUACAAGAGAACACGCCCGCACUGUGCACUUCUAGCAUCUGAAUUACAUGAUGGCGCCUCACGCUAUGUCGGACAUGUCGUCAUCGACACUAUCCUACACCUCGACAGCAAUCACUUCGCCCGACGAGAUUGCCUGCCCUGUUCGUGGCGACAGAAGAUCCAAUCUCCAGCGAUUCGACAACGAUGAGGUCCAAGACCUGGUCUGCUGCGGAUUCGGCCCUGCUUCGCUCGCCAUUGCCGUGGCUCUUCACGACAGCCUGGAAUUGAACAAUACCAGACUUGCCACUCGAGCACCCAGAGUUCGAUUCCUGGAAAAGCAGCACAAGUUCGCAUGGCACGCCGGUAUGCUCCUUCCUGGAGCCAAGAUGCAAAUCACAUUCUUGAAGGAUAUGGCCACGCUGCGAAAUCCUCGCAGUGAGUUCACCUUCUUGAACUACCUUCACGCCAAGGACAGAUUGGUUGCAUUCACCAACCUGAACACAUUCUUGCCACAACGCGUCGAGUAUGAGGACUAUAUGCGGUGGUGUGCAGAGCACUUCAACAACGUGGUCGACUACAGUCAGAAUGUCGAGAGCGUGACUGCCGGGCCCAAGAACCCCAAAACUGGUGCCGUGGAGUACUUCAACGUCCACUCCAACAACAGCGAAACGGGUGCGCGACAGACUCUCAAGGCCAAGAAUGUUGUCAUCGCCGCAGGUGGACGACCCCGGAUUCCAGACACUCUUCCACAACACCAUCCCAGAAUCAUCCAUUCCUCUCAGUAUGCCACGCAUGUCAACAAGAUGUUCCCUGAAGGAUCGCAUCCCAAGCGAGUGGCUGUCAUUGGCGGAGGCCAGAGCGCUGCUGAGUGCUGGCACGACAUUCCAACCCGAUUCCCAGGUGCACAAUCAGUACUUCUAAUCCGAGGUGCUGCACUCAAGCCCAGUGAUGACUCGCCAUUCGUCAACGAAGUCUUCAACCCCGAGCGCGUCGACGACGUCUACGGCCAAGACCCGGAGACCCGUGCCAAAGGAAUCGCCCAAGACAAAGCCACCAACUAUGGCGUCGUCCGUAUCGAACUCCUCGAAGAAAUCUACGCGGAACAAUACACCUACCAAAUCCAAAACCUUCCCGAAGAACAAUGGCCGCAGCGCAUCAUGAACCACCGCGAAGUCACCGGCAUCCGAGACAUCACCGUCGACGGCAAGCCCGCAGGCCUCGAACUCCAAAUCCAAAACAACGCAGGCCUCUACCACCGUGACAAACCCUCCUCUACCGAAACUCUACCUGUCGACCUCCUCAUCGUUGCCAGCGGCUACCGUCGUGACGCAUACAAAGAUAUGCUCCACGGCGUGCAACAUCUCAUGCCCCCAGGAGCCACCGACUGGAAUGUGAAGCGCGAGUACGCAGUGGAGUUUGCACCCGAUGCGGUGGAAUCCGAUGCGGGAAUUUGGCUACAGGGUUGCAAUGAGAAUACCCAUGGAUUGUCGGAUACGUUGCUGUCAAUUUUGGCGGUAAGAGGUGGGGAGAUGGUGGAGAAUAUUUUUGGGUAUUCGCCGAGUGCGAAUGAGAAGCAGAUGGAGAGUUUGGUGUUGGGUGGGAAGGUGGUUGAGUGAUUGAGGGAUGAUGGAUUCUUUUUUUCCUCUUUUUUUUUAAAUUGAAGCGCGGGUGGGAUAUCAUCUAUCUACCUAUCUUUUAGUCUUGUGUUGUGUUCAAGGGGGCAGGAGGAAAGAAAUACUGGGAAAUUGAAUUUACAAUCUAG